GCCUUUGCUCUCCAGCUGGAGAAGUGGAGCUGGGGCACUUGGUUCACCUCCUGUGCUGACCCAGCUGCCGCUCAGCAACAGCGGAUCGAGGAUGACUCCCUGCAGCAAUGGAGGAGAAUGGUGAAGAUGGAAAAUCCCAUGAUGAAAUACACUAAUCUGGAAUAUAUUGGCAGGGGGACUUUUGGAGAUGUUUGUAAAGCACUGGACACUGCCACAGGAGGAGAGGUGGCCAUAAAGAAAAUAACUCUUCAAGAACUGAUCAGAAGGGAAGUAACCUUUAAGGAACUCAUGGUCAUGAAAAUUAAUAAGCACCUAAACAUUGUGAAUUAUUUAAAGAGCUACCUUCUGGGUGAUGAACUCUGGCUGGUUAUGGAGUACAUGGAUGGAGGUGCCCUGAGCGAUGUCAUCAAUGAGACUCACAUGUCUGAAAGAGAGAUUGCAGCCGUCAGUCGGGAGUGCCUGCAAGGACUGGAUUUUCUUCACUCCAACCACGUGAUCCACCGAGAUGUGAAGAGCAGCAACAUCCUUCUCAGAACCGACGGCUCUGUCAAGCUGGCUGACUUUGGCCUCUUUGCUCAGCUCACUCCUGAGCAGAGUAGACAGAGCUCCGUGGCCAGCACUUCUGGGUGGAUGGCGCCUGAAGUGGUGACAGGUCAACCAUAUGGCCCCAAAGUGGACAUAUGGUCUUUUGGAAUCAUGGGCAUUGAAAUGGUGGAACGAGAAGCUCCUUACUGGAAAGAAACUUCUGGCAUGCCUCGACUCGUGAUAGCCAGACGAGGGAUACCAAAGCUGCUGCAGCCCAACCUGUUUUCACCUUGGCUGCGUGACUUCCUGAGCUGCUGCCUGCAGACAGACAAGGAGCAGUGCUGGUCUGCCAAGGAGCUCCUGCAGGUAAAAUGCAAAGGGGCUGCAGGUGAAACAGGGUGCGAGGGAUGGGCUCCUCCUCCACGGAAGUCCAAGGGCAUCAGAUGAGCCCCCUUCCUGCUC